AGAAUGAGAGAGGUUUUAUUGAACCUUUAAGAUUUUUAAGGGAUUAAACACGCUAGAGGAGGAAACAUGCUCCAGAUGUUGGGGGAGUCCAGAACCAGGGGCCACAGUUUAAUAAUACGGGGUAGGCCAUUUAGAACAGAGAUGAGGAAAAACUUUUUCACCCAGAGAGUUGUGAAUCUGUGGAAUUCUUUGCUUCAGAAAGCAGUGGAGGCCAAUUCUCUGGGUGCUUUCAAGAGAAAGUUAGAUAGAGCUCUUAAAGAAGCAGAGUCAAGGGAUAUGGCGAGAAGGCAGGAACGGGGAUGUGAUUGUGGAUGAACAGCCAUGAUCACUGUGAAUGGCGGUGCUGGCUCGAAGGGCCGAAUGGCCUACUCCUGCACCUAUUGCUUAUUGUCUAUUAACGAAUGUCUACUGUACGGGUGUACAGUAGAGAGCAUAUUGACUGGUUGCAUCAUGCCAUGGUUCAGCAAGUCGAAUGCUCAGGAGCGAAGAAGACUGCUUAAUGUGGUAAAUACUGCCCAGUCCAUCACGGGUACAGGCCUGUCUGAAGAAGGGUCAUGACCUGAAACGUCACCCAUUACUUCUCCCCAGAGGUGCAGCCUAUCCCGCUGAGUUACUCCAGCAUUUUAUGUCUUAUGUCCACGUUCAGGAGCAGCUUUUCCCCUGCAGCCAUUAGGCUAUUAAUAAUAAUAAUAAUAAUAAUAUACUUUAUUACAGACUCAAGGUCCAGACAAGGGGCAACAUUACAUUAAAAAUGCAUUGCAUAUCAAAUAUCAUAAAUACAUAUAAAAUCAUGGUAUAUCACAUAAAAAUAUCAUAAUUUAUAUUUUUUAAAACUCACAAUACUUAAGUUAAAAAUCCAGAUUAAAAGAUGAUCAAAGUCCUACAUCGAGACAACGAUACCAGUGUCUCCACAACUGGGAUUCGUAGCAUGUUGUGCUAACCCUCAUGUUUGUCAAGGCCACAAUAAGCACAUUUUUAGAGUCAUUUAUCCUGCAAAUGAAUUUAUACAUGUGGCGUCUUAGGAUAGCUUCUAAAGUACUGACUCCUGCAGCCACAAACAUAUUUCUGGCACUACACCAUCUAGAUUGCCUUAGCAGUGUUCUCAUGGCAUCAUUAUUUGCCACCUUUAGUCUCUGCAUACUUGUCUAUAAAUAGUUCGACCACAGGUGCGCAGUGUAGAGGGGUGUGCAGUAUGCUCUAAAUAGCGACAUCUUCACCACAUCUGCACACGCACCAAAUUUACGCACGAGGAUAUUCGCCUGUACAUACAGCAUGUGUCGUUGCCUAAAAUAUCCUCAUCAUCUGUCAUUUGUUCUGUAAUAAUAUGCCCUAGAUAUUUUAUCUUAUUACAGACACUAAGAUUGUUGUCAGACAAUUUAAAAUCAGGACAUUUUAGGCAUUUAACCUCUUUGGUUAAACACUCCAACCUCCAAAUAAACUCCGAACCAGGGUUUCGACCCGAAACGUCACCCGUUCCUUCUCUAGAUUUGCUGCCUGUCUCGCUGAGUUACUCCAGUAUUUUGUGUCCAUGUUUGAACUACAUAUACUUGGGGGUAUUGUUUUUGGUCUUUGCACUAUUUUGUCUGUGCACACUUCCUCUCUUCCAUCAGGCAAGAGGUAUAGAAGUGUGAAAAGGCACACCUCCAGAUUCAGGCAGAAGGGUUUCGGCCCGAAACGUUGCCUAUUUCCUUCACUCCAUAGAUGCUGCCUCACCCGCUGAGUUUCUCCAGCAUUUUUUGUCUACCUACAGUUUCUUCCCAGCUGUUAUCAGGCAACUGAACCAUCCGACCACCAACUAGAGAGUGGUCCUGAGCUACCAUCUACCUCAUUGAGGACUCUCGGAUUAUCUUUAAUCAGACUUUACUGCACUGUAUCUUGUGCUAAACAUUAUUCCCUUUAUCCUGUAUCUGUACACUAUGAAUGGCUGGAUUAUAAUCAUGUUUUGUCUUACCGCUGACUGGAUAGCACGCAACAAAAAGCUUUUCACCGUACCACAUGACAAUAAAUAAUCUUCUACUACUAUUGUUUUUUUUUGUUUUCAUACGUAUAUACUAAACAUUGUUGGUGUAGUUUUGGAACUACAAAUGCUGGUUUACACCGAAGACCCAAAAAGCUGUAGUAACUCAGCGGGACAGGCAGCAUCUCUGGAGAGAAUGGACAGGUGACGUUUAGUGUCGAGACCCUUCUUCAGACUUGUGCAAACCCAUUUCUUGUUGUUUAUUAUGGUGUUUACAAAGUACUAUGUUUACACAUGUGCUGCUGAAAGUAAGAAUUUCAUUGUUGCGUUUUGGGACUUAAGACAAUAAAACAUUCUUGACACUUGAGAUCCAAUGUAUGUGUGUGUGAAAGAGAGAGAGAGAGACAGAGAGGGAGAGAGAAAGUGAGGGAGAAAACACAGUCGUGUUAAUGCACAUUUAAUCCCUAUUGAAGCAAAUGUUUGUGUUUCAGUGUUCCUUCCUCCUUUGCAUUGCAAAAUAAUAAUUGAUGUAAGAUCGCAUGGGAUCGCAUUGUAGUCUCAUACACAGACGCCUACACAUUUUUCCCCUUGGCCUUGCCAAGUGAGAAUGAGUGGAAUUUUUUUGGUUUCACUGACAAGUUGUGAGGCGAUUUGCAGCUUCCCAAAUGUGUGGGUUGUUGAUAAAUCGGAAGAUAUCCAGACAAUUUGCAUCUGGUCCCGUGUGGAGAUAUAUAUAUAAAGGGCUCUUCGUCCCCAGAAGUCAGUGUCCAUGAGGGUUAUGUUCCAGAUGUUGUCGAGCGGCGGAACAGCGGGGAUGGCCACGCCACUGACGCAGGACAGGCUCCCCAGAAGAGUUCGUGCGAAAUAUCUCAAGCCAUCGCUGCUCGGCUGCAUCUUGGUUCUGAUAGUAACCUCAGUGCAAGUGGCAGCAGCCAGCUAUGUCUCUUACUAUGUCCUCAAAGGACAGCUGCAGUUCGGGGCAGAUGGACAGACGUCAAAAAUUGUGGUGCCUCGGCCAACACAGGACGUUAACAAAUGUAUUACUCGCUGGACUAGUGCACUUCUGAAAGAUCAAGAGACACGUGGAGAGGAGGUAGUUCUUGCGUGGGAGACUAAAGUUGGCCUAGCCUUUACUGGAGAUUGCACAGCCUACAACGAAAAAUCACUGGAAAUUAAAAAACCUGGCGUCUACUUUAUCUACUUCCAGGUGAUGUUUCAUGAAAGUGGCAGCAACGUGACAUUUGUCAUGGAUUUUAACGGUGUGAAAAUUGUGCAGAAUUCCCAGCAGGUGCUGGAGAGAGGGUCUAAAGCAGUUUUUUUCGGAAGCGCUUACAAACUGAACGAAGGAACGAAGAUUUUUGUCAAGUCAAACCCAAAGCACAUUUUACUACGGGAGUCAGAAACAUUUAUCGGACUUUUUGAACUCUAAAAUAGCUUUCGACUUUUUGAGACUGCCUCCCAUUGCAGAGCGACGUGACACUGUGAAGAGGAGUGUGGGCUGCCAAACUAAUCUCCAGUUCUGUGACUGCACAUUUUGAUGGUGGUUUAGUCGGGAUUGUCCUGACCCGAAACGUCUCCCCUCCUUUCUCUCCAGUGAUGCUGCCUGUCUCGCUGAGUUACUCCAGUGUUUUGUAUCUGUCUUUAGUUCAUCACCUCAUCCACUUCUCUUGCUACGGUAUACUACCUGGAAGACUUAAAAAUUGGCUUCACGACUUAAAUACCCAUUUCAAAACUCAACGUAAAGAAAGAUUGUUGAUCACUUUUAGGGCAACUUUGAAUUCAAGUAUUUUAAAUGAGAGUAUAGUCGGGAUAUUUGCAAACUAUGGAGAGGAAACUGAUCGGAGGAACACUGCACAUGAGCCAUUAAGAUAUAAAGAUCAGUUGAUUUUUAGGGGUUUGGAGAAGUUUUAGCAGGGAGUCACUGAAAUACUGGAAUUGUUCAUUUGAUUAUUAAGACUUUACCACAGUAGGCUGUGGAGGCCAAGUCAGUGGUCAUUUUAAGGCAGAGAUAGAUAGAUUCUUGAUCAGUACGGGUGUCAGAGGUUAUGGGGAGAAGGCAGGAGAAUGGGGUUAGGAGGAAGAGAUAGAUCAACCAUGAUUGAAUGGCGGAGUAGACUUGAUGGGUGAAAUGGCCUAACUCUACUCCUAUCGCUUAUGAUUAUGUUAGCAUUAAUGGUGAAAGCUACAGAGAAACUGCAUUAUGGUGGCAUGGGAGCUACAGAAUCGUAAAAGGUUAAUGCUUAAAUAUAAAGGCCUACAAUAGUGCAUGUAUGUAUAGGUUGUCUUUUAAUUCUCAGUUAGACCUGUGUAUGGGCAGACAUCAGCACAGUGGCAAUAGGCAGCACAGCGAUAGAGUCCCGGGUUCGAUCCUGACUACGGGUGCAGUCUGUACGGAGUUUGUACAUUCUCCUCGUCACCUGCGUGGGUUUUCUUCCUGUGCUCCGGUUUCCUCCCAGAUUGGUAGUUUAAUUAGCUUCUGUAAAUUGUUCCUAGUGCGUAGGAUUGAACUGGUGAUCGUUGGUCGGUGCAGACUCGUUGGGCCAAAGGGCCUGCUUCCACAAUAUGUCUCCAAAGUAAACAAAGCUAAUCAGGGCACUAAAACCAAGACGGAGUAAUGUAUAACAAAGACGUUGGCAAUAUUUUUAAGGUGGAGAUUGAGCGAUUCUUUAUGGGUGUCAGAGGUUAUAGGGAAAAGGCAGGAGAAUGAGGUUGAGAGGGAAAUAUAGAUCAGUCAUGAUUGAAUGACGGAGUAGACUUGAUGAGCAGAAUGGCCUGUACCUAAAAUUUACAGAAGUGUGAAAAGGCACACCUCCAGAUUCAGGGACAGUUUUUCCCCCAGCUGUUAUCAGGCAACUGAACCAUCUUACCACCAACUGGAGAACAGUCCUGGGCUACAAUCUACCUCAUUGGAGACACUCGGACUAUCUUUGUUAGGUGAAAUGUUAUUCACUUUAUCAUGUAUCUGUACACUGUGGACAACUCAAUUGUAAUCAUGUAUUGUCUAUCUCCUGACUGGACAGCACGGAACAAAAAGCUUUCCACUGUAUCUCGGUACACGUGACAAUAAACUAAACUCAACGACCAACACUUGACACUGGAUCAUAGGUCUGGUCACCUGCAAGUAGGAGACACUGAUUGGUCAUAGGGCAUCUUGACUGCUAUUAUUGUUUUUGUAGUGCUUGUAUUUUGUUUUAAAUGAUUGAUAAUAAAGGCACUGAGGUACACCUUCCACCCGCCUUGGGACUUAUAUUUGUGCAAAGAUGUAGCUGUAAUUGGUAGUACAGAUUAGGUGAGUGGGCCCUGUUGAGGUAUUAUUAGAGAAGUAUUCUGAAAGCCUUGCUCAAUUUAAAGACAGACUACAUUUCUGAAACUGGAAGGGAAAAAGGGAAGGUGGUGAAAAGUUUAGAAACAUCUCCACGGUGUGCAAGGAGAACAGUGUAUAAUCUAUCUAU